AUGGUCAACCUCCUCUCCCCCAAUUUCAAGCUCGAAGAGGUCACCCCGGAUGACAUGGUCAUUGCAUCGCUGGCCUGGGGCUUCACCCUCGGGUUCGGCUGGCUUACCGUGUGGACGGCCAUCAAGCAGACGACGGCCAUGUACCGACGGCAGGGCGACCGCAUCUACAGGAACGCCUACAUCUGGAUGAUCUGGCUCGAGAUCCUCGUGUGUACCAUCUUCAGUGUCAUUUGCUGGUUGCACCUAAAGGGCAUCAUACCACCGAGCUUUGCUUUUUUCUUCAGCAUUUUGACGACAUGGGCUCUUCAGGUCCAAUUCCUACUCCAAAUCAUCAUCAACCGCUGCGCCAUCUUGCUCACGAACCAGAAGCGCGCGUGGCGGCUCAAGGUUGGCGUCGCCGUGCUCAUCACAGCCAUCAACAUCUCGGUCUACAACAUCUGGAUCCCCGCGCGGCUGCAGAUCUCGGACCGCUACAUCGAGAUCAACGAGUGGUGGGACCGCUGCGAGAAGGUCAUCUAUCUCAUCGUCGACGGCGCGCUCAACAUCUACUUCGUCCGCAUCGUCCAGAAGAACCUCGUCACCCACGGCCUCACAAAGUACAAGCGGCUGACGCGCUUCAACAUGUUCAUCAUUGGCUUCUCGCUGAGCAUGGACGUGCUCAUCAUCGCCAUGAUGAGCCUCAACAACACGUUUGUAUACAUGCAGUUUCACCCCCUGGCUUACAUGGUCAAGCUCAAGAUUGAGAUGUCAAUGGCCGAACUCAUUGGCAAAGUCGCCCGGAAACGUGACCUGGGCAUACUGUCGGCGGCAGACCUGAACGGGAACCGGGAUUCCUACCAACCGUCGGAGUACAGCGUGCAACUGCCCAGCUAUGCCCAAGGACGACCCGCUGUCGGCGGCAUCGACGCGACUCUCCAUUGCGCGAACUUGAACCCGAUCGAGCUCAACAGCGUGACGAACCCGAGAGUGCCGACCCUGCGAGGCGUCAAUGUCGCGGCCGUCAGCUCGGGCCCCAGCAGCAGGAGGCCUUCGGUCACGGCGGCGACCACGUCCGAGGACGGGCAGCCCAAGAUGGCCAUCUACAGGACACGAGAGGUCGUGGUUCAGAUCGAGAGGCUCCACGACCAGGGCCACGACCACCACCACCAUCACCAGCAGAUGAGCCACAUUACACUGGACGACGACGAAGCGUACGAGGCGGCGAACCACGACGACGACGCGUCGACCAAGGGCCUCAGCAACGCGCAAAAGUCCCUCGCCCUGCCGGACUACCAGGCCCCAUGGGCCGCGCAGGAGUUCAGCACCAAGAUCUGGGACGGCACCAACUGCGACGAGGACCCCAACCUGCCGACAUCGUCAGCGAAGGUCGGCGCGGAACAGCAGGGAGGCCACAACGCAUGA